AUGCCUUGGAAUGCCAACCUAGGUUCAGCGAAACCAAUCUCAUUGAAAAAUACCAAGCUUUCUGUUUCCCCACAAUCAAUUAAGGCUACAUACCUCAUUGCAUCUUAUUGGCUCCAUGGCCACGACCCGAUACAGACCUCGGGAGUGUACCAUGUCAUCAAGCGCCGAGUAUCAAGAUCCGAUACGGCACCAACGGACGCUACAGCAUUACCCCUCUAUUACCCCUCUAGCAGUGACUCAUUCAUCGAGAUUGGAGGUGGGGGUAGUCCCAUGGUGGACAAUAAGAACACUGUCGUAUGA